AUGGAGGAGAUAGAUUAUGAUUUGAAAAAGUUUCGAGCACCCCCAAGAACCCCUCAGCCCCCUACACGAUCCAAAAUACGGCAGCAAAAGCUCAAAUAUGCAUUCAUUGGGUAUAUUGUGGUGCUAGUGUUUCUCGCAAUAACUCAAUUUAUUGGUGUUGGGUUCUUCACUCGUGGGUUCCUAUUGUCAAGAGACGUGCUUCCUAAUAUAGCCACAUGUGAUGAAUUUGGUUCAUGUGUGCCGCCUCGAUUCAACAAAACUGUCAUUUUAGUCAUUGAUGCAUUAAGAUUCGAUUUCACUAUACCGGUGGAUGGUUCAGCAGAACCGUAUCACAAUAACUUUCCGCUUUUGUAUGACUUGGCCCAGAAAGAUAAUGGAGUCUUGUUGAAAUUCGUUGCUGAUCCACCAACGACGACAUUACAGAGAUUGAAAGGGUUGACCACGGGGUCGCUACCGACUAUUAUUGAUGCUGGAAGCAAUUUUGAUGGAGACGCAAUCGAUGAGGAUAAUUGGUUGUUGCAAUUGCACAAAAUCAACAAAACUAUUGCAUUUAUGGGCGAUGAUACAUGGACUGCUUUGUUCAGUGCUUAUUUUGACCCAAGUUUGAACUUCCCUUAUGAUUCUUUGAAUGUGUGGGAUCUACAUACUGUUGAUAAUGGAGUUGUUGACCACGUGUUUCCAUUGAUGGAAGCGCCACAGACUUGGGAUAUGUUGAUUGGGCAUUUCUUGGGUGUAGAUCACGUUGGUCAUCGAUAUGGGCCUAGGCAUUUUUCAAUGAAGGAGAAAUUGAACCAAAUGAAUGAUGUCAUUGGCAAAGUUGUUGAUAAUUUGGAUGAAGAUACGUUGUUGAUUGUGUUUGGCGAUCACGGAAUGGAUUAUACAGGUAAUCAUGGUGGGGAUUCGCCAGAUGAAUUGGAAAGUGCAAUACUUUUGUAUUCAAAGAAGCAGAAAUUUUUCAAAAAGGAUAAGCUGUUCUAUGAUAUUACAAAUAAAGGUGCGGGAUAUAGACAGGUUAAUCAAAUCGAUUUGGUGCCUACGAUAUCAUUGCUUUUGGGACUUCCCAUACCAUUCAACAACUUGGGGUAUCCCAUUGACGAAGCGUUUGCCAAUGUCAAAGAAGCAUUGCGUGCGGGGAAGUUAACUAUUGAGCAAAUCAAGAGGUUUAGGGACUUGACUCCAAGUUUAUCCGAGUCACUACUCGAUCAAUAUGAGAGCUUGAUAAGCUCCUACGAGUCAAGAACCAAUGAUUUGAGCUUUAUUGAACAAAUGAAGCGGUACCAGUAUGAAUCGUUGGAUCAGUGCAAAACCCUCUGGGCAAGGUUUGACUUGCGUUUUAUUGGCAUUGGAAUUGGAAUUUUAUUUCUAUCAUUGACAUUUAUGAUCACUUACGCCAGGUCGAUCCCUGCUGUAAGAGUACUGACUCUUUCAUUUGAGUUUAUUGGGUCGGUUGUUGCAAUGUCGAUAAUUGGAGUGGUUUUAAGUUUCUCCAUUUAUAUUGUCCUCAAACCUGGUGAUUUCACAUUAAAAAUUUGUCUUUGUAUUGGAGCUGUCUUGGGUAUGGUUGUUGGGUUCUGGGCUCCUAUUAUGGAUAGAUUCAGCGUUGAAUUUAUCUGGCAUCAAACGAUUGAUUUUUUCCAAUUCAAUUUCAAUAGCUGGUCAUUCAUGGGCAUUGUUUAUGUUGCUUUGCAUUGCUUAAUGUUUGCUUCCAAUUCCUAUGUUGUUUGGGAAGACAAGAUGGUGCUGUUUUUCUUGCUUUCUUUUGGAGCCAGUUGUGUUUAUGCAUUAUCGGUGAAAACUAACUUGUCUAAGGAAGCCAAGAUUUUGGGAAUCAGUCAUGCAGUUACAUUUCUAGUAUUGACUAGAUGUGCAUCCAUGAUUACCGCGUGCAGAGAGGAACAACGACCAUAUUGUGAAGCUAGCUUUGUAUCUCUGUGGUGGUCUAUUGCUGUUCUUCAUCUUCUCACUUAUUUGCUUCCGGCAUUUAUCAAGUCUUUCUACAAAUUAUCGGAUUCGUAUUAUUCUGCAGCCCCAUUGUGGAUAGGCACGGGACUCAAGUUUCUUUUGUUUAUGAAUGCCAUGUAUUGGACAUUUGAGUAUGUUCAGAAUAAUGAGUUUUUCAAUACUGCUCGAUUCAAGAUUAGUGAACCUUUAUUGAAAUCCUUGAAGCUUGCGAUUGCAAGACUUGUGUUGUUUAUUUCAUUGGUUUUGGCCAAUUUCAGUUGGUCGCGAGGUCCACUUUGUGUUAAAUUAGAAUUGGUUGAAACAAAAAAGGAAGAUGAUGAAGAAGACGAUAGCCUGAGCGACUCUGAUGGUAUGACGACCCAGAAAUCGGCAUCCAUCUUGGGAUAUGGUAACGUUUACGGAUCAUCGUAUUUCUUGUUAGUGUUGAACUUUACGGUUGCAGUGAUGUUAACAACAAAGCCCAUUGGCGCGAUAUCCAUAAGCAUGUUGAUCAUACAAAUAUUGUCCUUACUUGAAAUCAUUGAUGAAUUGGGAUUGAGAAAGAAUUUGGUGACGCCAAUCGUUUUUGGUUUGUUGGGAUAUCAGCAUUUCUUCAGUACUGGUCAUCAAGCAACCAUACCUUCAAUUCAAUGGGAAUUGGGAUUCAUGACAACGGAAACAAUUGUGUUUCCAUUCACUCAUUUGAAUAUCAUUCUAAACAGCUUUGGCUCCUUUUUCUUGGUGGCAUUGGCAGUGCCCUUGAUUACAAUUUGGAAAAUUGUCCCUUCGCCUAAACCUAUAACGGUCUUGUCACAAAUCAUAACGAACAUAACUACAUUGAGCACGUAUCUCUUAUUCACUGGGUUGAGCAGUUCGAUCUUUGCCGCCCAUUUUAGGCGACAUUUGAUGGUGUGGAAGAUAUUUGCACCCAGAUUUAUGCUUAGUGCAAUGUUGAUUGUAUCGAUUAACAUUUUCAUGAUUGUGAUUACGUUAUGGGGAUCGGGAAGAGUGUUGAAGCAAGUCAAUAGAAUAUUUGGUAAAUAG